AUGUCGGAAUCGGUGCAUAACCUAGAAAUCCGAGUCGGGCAGGCCCUGUGGCCUCCUCCAAGUCAGUACAGUUCUCUGCUGGGUGACAUCUCCCAGAAGAUGCCAAACAUCGUGGAGCUAAAAAUCGAAACCAUGGACCUCUCUAUGGAAAUAUUGGAACAGGACAUCUGUCGGUUGAUUGCGAGCCUCACUUUACUAGAGAAGAUCACUCUCCCGUUCUACUGCCUCCUUCCUUCAAUAGUCAGUCAGCUUUCCCACGUCAAGAAUCUGCGCAAUAUCGAAAUGGGGAACAACGCGCUGUCGUAUGGCCGCACAGGAGACGUUGACGACUUUCACUCCAUCCUUGAAUCGUCCUCCUUCCCUUCGCUCAAAAACCUACACUUUUGUUCAUCCUUAGAAGACGCUCGGACGUUCCUUGGAGGGGCAUACUCUCCGGCCUUUAGAUUGACCUCCUUGUGGCUACGUGUCACUUUCCCUGGAAUGGACACACAGCAUCGCACCUCUCCUCGAUGUUUUCGCUCGCUUCUCGAACUCCUUGCGAACGCAUGUGGGCCUCUGGAGCGAUUGGAAAUCACCAUGUCAGCUCCAAAUGACAGCGACGAGGACGAGAUGGAAUCCCUUCCACGAAUCACCUACUCCGAUUUCAGCUGCGUCGCUCGCUUCCGUUCAUUGAAAGCAUUCUCCAUUCAGCAUGUCCAUCCCAUUGAAAUCACCGAUGCAGAUGCGGAGACACUUGCUUCGCAAUGCCCGCGUAUGGAGGAGCUCACCCUAAAUGCUUACCCGACUUCCAUUCCUCAAGCAGAAGAUCUCGAUUUCGCAGCCACAUCUUUAUCUGUACGAUCACUCGCAUCCUUUGCUACCCACUGUCCCCACCUUAAAUCUCUAGCCCUAUAUCUUUACAUCGAUGACGACAUCCGACAUAUCGACUCUUCUGCCUACUCCCGGUUCAAGAGUCUUGAAGUAUUGAAUUUUGGGUACAUCCACGCCCCUCGUCUAGCGCGCCAAAAGGACAUCUGCUCGAUUCUAUUCAGCAUACUUCCCCGUGGUUGCGAGCUCAGAACGUACGUCACGGGCCAAGUCGACUAUGACAGGAUUGGUGUAGACCGGCCGAGCUGGGGAGGGAGGAACUAUGCAGCAGCAGAGGCGGCUUAUGCAUAUUGGAAAAGUGUGGAAGAGGUCUUGAAUUUGAUGUGGCGUACGAAACAGGAAGCCGAAAGGAUGUCACGGUCAAGAAUACACGAGUUGGAGGGCGAAGUGGCUCUGCUGAAGCGGGAACUAGCGUUGGCUAGGACGUAG